GGGGCGGGGGAGGGACGCCCAGCGGAGCUCUGGCCCACGGGAUUGGCGGGGGCCAGGGGGCGGGGGCGCGGGCGCGAGCCUGCCUCCGGCGCUGCGCCAGCCUCUGCCUCGGUGCUGGCCCCCGGAGCGCCGCCGCGGCCCGGCCUGGGGGCGGGGCAGCCGCGCUCGGUCUGGCGGGGAGCCCGCCGCCGCGGCAGCAGCAGCAGCAGCAGCAGCGGGUGCACCUUCGGCGGCGGCGGCGGCAGCUUCGGGCCGCUCCCGGCGUGGGCUCCUCGGAGGAGGGAGAGGAGGACGGAGGCAGAAAUGCAGCUGAAGUGGAGCUGAAAGGGCCACAGAUGCAAGAAUUGGGGAUCCAUUUCUGAACCAUUAAACUGUCUCUGACAUUGACCUUCUUUCAUUAUUAAUAAAGAAGAAUAUUACAGCAGGAGCUUAGGAUGUAUUAACACCAACUCAUUAAUAUACUAACCGGACCACGUUCUGAAAACAAAUCUACAUAUUAAAGGACUUGACCUGGACACCACAAAUUUAUUUCUUAUUUUUCUCUACUGAUAAUGUGACCCAAUGGAGGAAAGUGGUGUUUUGAUAAGCAUGAGAGAAGAUCAUUCUUUUCAUGUUCGUUACAGAAUGGAAGCUUCUUGCCUGGAACUGGCCUUGGAAGGAGAACGACUUUGUAAAGCAGGAGACUGCCGUGCUGGAGUGUCAUUUUUUGAAGCUGCAGUUCAAGUUGGAACUGAAGACUUAAAAACACUAAGUGCUAUUUAUAGUCAGCUGGGCAAUGCCUACUUCUACUUGCAUGACUAUGCCAAAGCUUUAGAGUAUCAUCAUCAUGAUUUAACUCUGGCCAGGACAAUUGGAGACCAGUUAGGUGAAGCUAAAGCCAGUGGUAACCUGGGAAACACCUUAAAAGUUCUUGGCAAUUUUGAUGAAGCUAUUGUUUGCUGUCAGAGACACCUAGAUAUCUCCAGAGAACUUGAGGAUAAGGUUGGGGAAGCAAGAGCGCUUUAUAAUCUUGGUAAUGUAUACCACUCUAAAGGGAAAAGUUUUAGCUACCCUGGCUCUCAUGACCCAGGAGAAUUUCCAGAAGAGGUGAAAACCGCUUUGCAGAAAGCAGCAGAUUAUUAUGAGGAAAAUCUAUCAAUAGUGACUGCUUUAGGGGACAGAGCAGCCCAAGGGCGUGCCUUUGGUAAUCUUGGAAAUACUCAUUAUCUUCUUGGCAACUUUAGAGAUGCUGUUGUAUCUCAUGAGCAGCGCCUUUUGAUUGCAAAAGAGUUUGGAGAUAAAGCUGCUGAAAGAAGAGCAUAUAGCAACCUUGGAAAUGCAUAUAUAUUCCUCAGUGAAUUUGAAACUGCUGCAGAUUACUACAAGAAAACACUACAAUUGGCCCGGCAGCUGAAAGAUAGAGCUGUAGAAGCACAAUCUUGUUAUAGCCUUGGGAACACUUAUACUUUACUUCAAGACUAUGAAAAGGCCAUUGAUUAUCAUCUGAAACACUUUACUAUAGCCCAAGAACUGAAUGAUAGAAUUGGAGAAGGAAGAGCAUGCUGGAGUUUAGGAAAUGCCUACACAGCCUUAGGAAAUCAUGAUCAAGCCAUGCAUUUUGCUGAGAAGCACUUGGAAAUUUCAAGAGAAAUUGGGGACAAAAGUGGCGAGUUAACAGCCAGACUGAAUCUUUCGGAUCUUCAAAUGGUGCUUGGUCUCAGCUAUAGCACAAAUAAUUCAAUGCUGUCUGAAAACAAUGAAAUUGACAACUUCUGUGAUACACGUCCUAAGGUAGGGCGCCGACACAGUAUGGAAAAUAUGGAACUUAUGAAGUUAACACCAGAGAAGGUUCAGAACUGGAAUAGUGAACUUCUUGCUAAGCAGAAACCUCUUAUCGCCAAACCAUCUGCAAAGCUGCUUUUUGUAAACCGACUAAAGGGGAAAAAGUACAAAAAUAAUUCUUCCACUAAAGUUCUGCAAGAUGCUAGUAAUUCUAUUGAUCACCGACUUCCAAAUUCUCAGAGGAAAAUCAGUGCUGAUACAAUUGGAGAUGAAGGAUUCUUUGACUUACUGAGCCGAUUUCAAAGUAACAGGAUGGAUGAUCAGAGAUGCUGCUUAAAGGACAAGAACUGCCAUACGACUUCAACCACAACUUCUUCCACUCCCCCCAAAACAAAGAGAAAAUCUCUGUCUGUUUCUGUUGUCUCCCCACAUACGGAUGAAUUUUUGGACCUGCUUGCUAGCUCACAGAGCCGUCGUCUAGAUGACCAGCGGGCAAGUUUUAGCAAUCUGCCAGGGCUCCGCCUAACUCACAAUAAUAAAAAUCAGUCAGUACUUGGACAUUUGAUCGCCAGUGAUAACAAAGAGCCAGAUGAUGAUUUCUUUGAUAUCCUUGUAAAAUGCCAAGGCUCCAGAUUAGAUGAUCAGAGAUGUGCUCCACCACCUGCUGCUACCAAGGGACCAACGGUACCAGAUGAGGACUUUUUUAGCCUUAUUUUACGGUCUCAGGCAAAAAGAAUGGAUGAACAGAGAGUUCUUCUACAGCAAGACCAGAGCAGAGACACCAAAUUUGUUCUGAAAAACCUUUUGCAAAACAGUGCCUUGUUGGAAUUUGAAAAUUCAGAAGGAAAAUCAGGAAACCACUAAUGCUAUAUUACUGAAAUUACUGCCGGGAAAAUAAAUUUGUCUUUACCUUAAAGGGAAAAUUUGUAUCACUGUGGUAGAUAUAGCUUGAAGAGGUUUUUUAGAAUUAUGUAAAUAAUUUUUAAUGGUACAGUGAUAAAGAAUUAACAUUUCUCUUGAUUAUGUUUGAACAUAGUGCUUUUAGUAUAUUUGUAAGGUGCAGUAUCAAGCAUGUGAUCACUGCUUAGGUUUUCUUUACUUUUUUUUUUUUGGAUUUGCUGAAAUUUCUCUGUAUUUUUGUAAAAUAGGAAGCUAUAGAUUAAGAAUUUAUCUUCUUAUGGGUUUUUUUAUGUUAAUGAUUAGCAAUGGUACUUUUUUAUACUUGAUUGUAUUGGAGGAUAGGGUACUUGAUGUAAAAAGAUCAUUUGUAAAAAAAAAAAAAAAAAAAACAUGUUUUGUACAGAUCUUGAAUUUUUUUUUUUCCUUUUAGUUUGCCCCAUUUUCUUUACUUGUCUUAAAGCUGGUACAAAGGAAAAAUGCUGAAGGAAUAAACAAACUUUCCUCUCGUA